GUGGUCGUAUCCUCGUAGUCGUGUCCUUCCCAAUUCACGAUACCGCGUAUCAUUCUUAACCAGGAGCGGCCAAACCAGGAACGAAAGGGCAAAGCGAACAAGAUUUCUCGACUCGAAUUUUCUUUGAUUCAGUAAUGGGGAACGCGUACUGUCUCCUCUGCGGUUGCGUGGACCAAGCCAGCAUCGGCGUGGUGGAGCGAUGGGGCCGCUUCGAGCGAUUGGCCGAGCCAGGGCUUCACCUCUUCAACCCCUUCGCCGGCCAGUGCCUCGCCGGAAUUCUCUCCACCAGGAUCAAGUCGCUCGACGUUCGCAUCGAAACCAAAACCAAGGAUAACGUGUUUGUGCAAUUGGUUUGCUCAAUUCAAUACCGGAUCGUCAAGGAAAACGCUGAUGAUGCGUUCUAUGAGCUCGCGAAUCCUCAAGAGCAGAUUCAGGCUUAUGUGUUUGAUGUGGUUCGAGCUCUUGUUCCGAGAAUGGCGUUGGAUGAACUCUUUGAGCAGAAGGGAGAGGUUGCUAGAUCAGUACUGGAGGAGCUAGAGAAGGUGAUGAGUGCUUAUGGGUAUAACAUUGAGCAUAUGCUGAUGGUAGACAUUAUACCCGAUCCCUCUGUGCGAAAAGCCAUGAAUGAGAUCAACGCAGCUCAAAGGCUUCAACUUGCAAGCGUAUACAAAGGGGAAGCCGAAAAGAUUCUCAUGGUCAAGAAGGCAGAAGCUGAAGCCGAGGCGAAAUACCUCGGAGGCGUAGGUGUGGCGAAGCAGAGGCAGGCGAUCACAGACGGACUGAGGGAGAACAUACUGAACUUCUCGCACAAGGUGACCGGCACUAGCGCCAAGGAAGUCAUGGACCUCAUCAUGGUGACUCAGUACUUUGACACGAUCAAGGACCUCGGCAACUCGUCGAAGAACACCACCGUGUUCAUCCCACACGGCCCCGGUCACGUUAGGGACAUCGGCGACCAAAUCCGCAAUGGCAUGAUGGAGGCAGCUGCCGGUGCGCAGGGGAACGAUUCCGACUGAGAUGUCCUGAAAUAAUGUUACACUGCACAGAACAGAAGUCUUUCCUCACACGGUUUUUUCAGUCCAACUAAGAACUCUGGGUAUGUGAAUAGUGUGGUAAUGAGUAUGCGGAUCUAUUGUAAGCUUGGGCCUGACGUCCUGACAACGUCGACAAUUUGUUUGUUUUUUCAACAGAGUUUAGUUGUUUGCUAUACAUGACGAUAUCCAAAACAAUGUUUUAGAAAUCCUAUCGUGUUGAUCAGUCGGAAUAUAAAUAUCGGAUAUUGGAACUUGAAUAGAUGUUUUGAUGAAAUCGUUAUCGUUAUAAUAUAUACAAAAAUCUGUACUACUACCUUAUUAUUUGUUGUUUAGCCGCAUCCAAUGG